AUGUUACUUGAAAAGGUUCUUUUUCCAGCACCAAAUCCACCUGAUUAUACAUUGCAAUCACAUGAUAAUCAUUUAUUUUGGUUACCAAGAAGUCAUGAUCCGAAGCAAACACAAGCCAUACCCUGUAUGAUUUAUUCAACAAUGCGAGAUGCAAAGUUUUUUAUUAUAUGGUGUCAUGGUAACGGUUGUGAUAUUGGUAGUAUGCAUACGGUGAUGAAAGCAUUCAGUCGACUACUAAAUGCUCACGUACUGAUCUUUGAAUAUCCAUCCUAUGGUCUAUGUCAAGAGAAAACAAUAGCAAGUGAAGAAUCAAUAAAUGAACAUGCAGACCGCGCCUAUUCGUUCGUUCGUGAUACACUCCGAUGUCCGAUUGAUCGAAUAAUUAUCUAUGGACAUUCGAUUGGAAGUGGUCCUGCAUGCCAUAUUGCUUCUACUAGAUCAAUCGGUGGACUUAUUCUUCAAUCUCCUUAUACUUCGAUAAGAAAUCUAGUUCGAGAAAAAAUUGGUAUGCUUUCGUUAUUUAUUAGUACUUCAUUAUGGGAUAAUCUUGUAGCGAUAAAACAUAUUAAAGUUCCAGUACUUUUUAUUCAUGGGCAACUUGAUAAUUUAAUUCCACCUCAACAUUCGCAAACUUUAUACGAUUCAUUAAGUCACAACGAAAAAAGAGAACUUAUCUUUUUACCACAUGAUGAUCACAAUUCGAUGUCUACGGAAGAUGUUAUUUCGCUUGUGCAAUCAUUUCUUAACCGAUACUUUCCUAUGACAAUUCGAUCAAUGCCUCAUAUUCAAAUGGAUUCAGAUUUAUUUCUACCACCAACAAUCAUUCAACAUCAAUCGAUAAAUUUUCUCGCAUCUGCGUUUAGAACUUCAAUUGCGUCUACAUUUAGAGCUUCAGCAGCGUCAGUGAAUGCUACGAAGUCGAUUAUAUCAUCAUUUUUUCCAAGCUCACUAGAACAAGACGAACAAUAA